AUGUAUUUUGUCAUUUUACACGCCAAACAGUGUGUAGACAAGGCCAUCUGCCUCGCCGUUUAUGUCCCCCGGCGGACACCGUGCAACGUCCAGGACUACAUCUGGCACAAGGGGGCGCGCUGCGAGUCGGUGGUGACCGAGUUCCAGGUGAUGUGCCUGGCGGUGGGCGCCUCGGCUCUGGUGGUCCUGCUGCUCUUCAUGAUCGUCGUCUGCUUCGCCAAGAAGCUCCACGUCCUCAAGACCGAGAACAAGAAGCUGCGCAAGCGCAGUAAGUACCGGCCUUCAUCGGAGCAGCACAAUGAUAAUUUCUCGCUGUCCACCAUCGCUGAGGGCUCCCACCCAAAUAAAACCAUGAGCAGAUACACCUGGGAGUGUAAGACCAAAGAGGAGUCCGACUGCGAGGAUGAUCCUAAUUCCCAGAACAAACUGGAGGACCCGGUGAAGGCCCCGCCCAAGGAGGACGACUCCCUCAACAUCCACAACUCUCUGACCCCCAAACACGAGAACCACAAGGUCCUGGGCGAGGAGAACUCCUCGGAGGUAAACUCACUGCAGAACAACAUGAUGUGAAACAAAUCAACACGACCCCCCCCCCCCCCCCCCCGCAACCCGACACCACCACACCGAGAAACCACAGGGUGCGCCGGCGCCUGGGAGCCUGCGAAAACAACCGGUCAGCCAACCAACCAACCAAACAACCACCCAGCCAGCCAGCCAGCCAGCCAGCCAGCCAGCCUGCCAACGUACCAGCCAGUCAACAGUCUGCAACCGUCUCCGACACGGCAACACUGCCACCGGGCGGCCGCCGGUCGCUGCGAAAAAAAAACGAAAAGAAAAACAAACAAAAAAAAAAAAAAACCACGACCACCGUCACCCGCCGCCGUCGUCACUGCCCCAGCUGAAAGUAACCCCGCCCCCCUCCUGCCCCACCCUGCCGCCGCCUCGCGACCCCACCUGACCCCACCCCCGCGUCCGACAUCCAGUCCAGUCACGCCCCUGUUUUGCAGCCCCGCCCCCUCGUUGCUGUCACUCUACUUUCCCCUUAUCUUUCUUACCUACACACACACACACACACACACACACACACACACACUUACUGUGAAAAGAUGACAUAACCACGCUUAUGUGUAAACACCACACACACACACACCACACACACACACACACACACACACACACACACACACACCCUCCCCCUGCCUGCAUUGGUGUAUUUUGUAAAAAGAAAGAAAUCAUACAGAAGUUUAAAACGUACGUAAAACGUCAUUGUAAAAAAAAAAAAAAAAACUGAGAGAAGAAAACAGUGAAGAUAAAGCUACUGAGAGGUUUUGAUGUUUGUCUGACUAAUCCAGUGAGUAUGUAUAAAUAUUGG